AUGGGAUCAGGACUGGCACCGGGAAUCCCGACCCCGCUGCUGCUCCUGGCGCUCUCCACGCUCCAUCCCAUAAUAGGGGAGCUCCGGGAGCCGCUGCUGAUCGUGGAGGGGCCGGAGCGCGACGGCAUCCGGCUGCGGUGCCUCCCGGCGCGGCCGCUGCCGCCCGGCCGCCUGCUCUGGAGCGACGGGCACGGCCGGGACCUGCCGGCGAUUCCGGAGGCCGGCGGGAGCCCCGGCAGCUCCGCGCUGCUCCGGCCGGGCUCCGGCAACGCCGCCGCCUGCCGCGCCCAGCUGGGCCAGGGCGGCGCGCAGAGCGCCGUGGUCAUCGCCGGCGCGCUGUUCCCGUCGCCGUGGCCGCGGGCGCCGCUGCUGCUGCUGCUGCUGCUGGCGCUGGGGCUGGCGCUGGCGGCCGCGCUGCGACUGCGCCGGGAUCGCCGGGUCGUGGCUCAGGAGCAUUUCAGACGGGCUCAGAGCCACGCGGCCGCGCUCUCCCUGGACGAGCGCUGCUCGCACCCGGCGCUGCUGAUCCGCGGCCGAUCCCGGAUCCUCCGCCGCGAUCCCGGAUCCCGGCCCUGCCCCGGCGCCCUGGCCGUGGCGCGGGAGGGAUUUUCCCGCGGGAAGCACUACUGGGAAGUGGAGCUGGGAGACGGCGGCGCCUGGGAGCUGGGCGUGCUCCGGGAGGAGAUCCGCGAUUCCAUCCGGGAUUCCCUGCGGGAUUUCCCGGAGGAAGAGGCGCCAGGGCUGACGUAUUCCCAGGGAGAAUUCCGGCUACCUGGCGGGAAGCUGGAGCGGAAUUCCGGGCGCUGCCGCGUGCUCGGGGUGCUGCUGGACCAGGAGCGGUGCGUGCUCGAGUUCUUCGACGCCGAGGAGAAGCAGCUCCUGGGAUCCGUCCCCCUGAAAAUUUCCGGGAAUCUUUUCCCGUUCUUCAGGCCAGGAUCUGACGGGAAUGGACUGGGGAUCCGGCCUGUGGGGGUUUGA